AAUCUCGAAGUCAUUUUUCACGCGAUGAAAGAGAAUUGAAUAGUGCGUUUGAAAACUGGAGGUGUUUAAUAUUCCUUCCAAUUUGCAUGAGGCUCAAUUCUAUUCAAUGAAGAUGCUCAUUUUUAUUUUGCUAACAAUACAAGUCAUCAAAGGGGAGGUUUGUCCAAAUGGAAGUCUCAAAGAAAGGAUGGCUCCCUACGGCGUGCUGAAAUCCGAGAUCGGGACACCUAUCGAUGAUCACCUCAAUUCGCUUACGGCCGGGCCUAGAGGACCGAUAUUGAUGCAAGACAGCAGGUACCUGGAAGAAAUGGCACACUUUGACCGGGAAAGAAUCCCGGAUAGAGUGGUUCAUGGCAAAGGAAACGGAGCCUUUGGUUACUUCAUAGUCACCGAUGACGUCACUCACUACACCAAAGCGAAACUUUUCAACAGAAUCGGGAAAAGAACUCCAAUUGCUGUCAGGUUCUCCACAACAAAUGGCGAAGUAGGCUCUCCUGAUUCAUUACGAACCUUGCGGGGAAUGGCCAUCAAAUUCUACACAGAAGAAGGCAACUGGGACCUGGUCGGAAACAACAUUCCAGUGUUCCCGAUUCGGGAUCCGAUGUUGUUUCCCAGUUUGAUUAAAGUCACAACAGUCAAUUCAGUAUCAAAUUUAAGGUCAUUGACAGAAUCAUUUUGGGACUUCGUAUCACUGCGGCCAGAAAAUUUGGGGACUGUGGUGUUUUUGUUCAGUGAUAGAGGAAUACCACAAAGCUACAGGCAUAUGCACGGUUUUGGAAUAAACACAUUUAAAUUGGUGAACGCUACAGGAACACCAGUUUACUGCAGAUUUUCCUACUUGACUGACCAAGGAAUUCGAAAUCUGACCGCGGAGGAAGCACAGGAAUUAGCUGGAAUGGAUCCGGAUGCACACGGGAGGGACCUCUUCCAGGCAAUAGAGCAAAAGAACUUCCCGUCCUGGACUUUCUACAUACAAGUCAUGACGACUGAAGAAGCCAGACGUGUGUCCUUCAACCCAUUCGAUUCGACAAGGGAAUGGCCAGAGGAUGCAUUCCCAUUUAUUCGCGUCGGGAAGUUGGUCUUAAACAGAAACCCGACAGACCAUUUCUCUCAGGUGGAACAACUGGCACUAUGCCCGGCGAACUUAGUUCCAGGAAUUGAAGCAAGUCCGGACAAAAUCCUGCAGGGGAGGCUUUUCAGCUACAGAGACUCUCAGAGAUAUCGACUUGGCGCCAACCACAACCAGCUCCCGGUUAACUAUCCCUUCCGGUCACCACCCAACAAUUAUCAGAGAAAUGGCUUCAUGACCGUAACCAGGAGUCAAGCCUUCCCAAGUUACUACCCGAACAGUUACAAAAAACCAGUUCAAGAUCCGUUUGCCAAGGACAGUCCUUUCGAAGCCUGCGGUAUUGCCGCUCGCCAUGACUCUUCCGAGGAGGAUAACUACUCUCAACCUAGAAUGUUCUACAAUCGGUUAGACUCCAGUCAAAGAGAUCGUUUGCUACAGAAUAUGCUGGGGAGUCUGCGGAGAACUUCAACAUGCAUCCAAGGACGAGUUGUGGAGCACUUUAAGAUAAUAGACUCGGAAUUCGGGGAACGAAUAGAGGAAGCUCUCGAGAACAGCAGAAUGGAGAUGUAGAAGACACGUCACAAGAAAAAAAAUCUUCAAAUUACCUACUGUUGAAGAAUAUUGAUCAUUCAUCAGAAUCACAUUUUUUUUUUUUUUUAAGGAAAAACAUUCUUCGUGAAGUAUUUUCAUGUUCUCAUUAUCGAAGUGUCAUUUAUUACCAUAUUGUUUUAUUUUUAAGCAAUAAAAUUGUAUUUUGUA